UUUAUUUUUUUAUUUAUUUAGAGUUUCUCUCACCCAAGAUUUGAUUCAAUCUCUGUGUUCUUAUUAUUAAUUCUCUUUUUCUGUAUCUCAGAAUCCGCGCCUUGUUUCUAUGUCGGUUAUUUUUCUGUUUAGGUUUCGAAAAUCGCAUCAGUUCUUCUUCUUCUUCUUCGGCGUUUUUGCGUUUUGAAUUUCAAUCGUAUGGGGAGUUGGAGAAAACAGAGUUGUGAAAAUCGUCACCAAGAACUCAAGGCGACGAGAAAUCCCUCCCUAGGUAAUCGGCACUCCGACGUGCCAUCGUGGGAAAAGAAGUUUUGUUCUUCUGUUGGGUUGAUUCCAUGGAGGAAGCUGUUGGAUGCAAAGAAGUGUAUGUUCCUCUAUGAAAACGUGGUUAAAUGGAACGACACGGCAUGCGAAGAAGCAUUUCACAAUGCAAAGAGUAGGUUCUGGGCAAAAAUCAAUGGCCUGCCUUGCAAUAUAUCAUUGCCUGAUCCUGACGUUUUUAUCGAUGAGAUCGAUUGGAAUUGCGACGUUGACCCUGAUCUGAUGUUAGACCUUGAAAACGAACAAAUCUCCCCAGUUGUUGAGGAGGAAGGUGGAGUGACUGGGAAAGUUUGUCACAUUUUUGGCUUGUAUCAGUCAUAUAGCACCGGAUGGGGCGACCUUGAUAUUCAGAAACCGGAAGCAGAGAAUGGUAAUUGUGAUCAGAAGGUGGACGAUGGACAAAACUCUUGGGAGGUGAAUUAUGCUUCCAAGAACAAUGGAGCUUUGAGAGACGAGUAUUUGAAUAAUUCAGUUGGUUGGAAUGAUUGGGGGACUAAUCAGAAUCAGAACCAGAACCAGAAUCAGAAUCAAAAUUACAAUUACAAAUACAAUUUCUGUUACAAUAACGAUUACAAUCACAAUAAAUCAGACAACAGGUUCACAAAUCAGAUAUGGAGAACAGGGGAUGCAAACUGCAAGAACAUGGGUGGAAAUUGGUACCAUUCUUCGACGUUCAAGGGUUCGAGAUUUCAUGGUGAUGGGUAUCAAAAGGAAAAUGGGUGGAGAAACAGGAGGGGAGGAGGAAGGAAGAGAGUAAAUUUUGCUGAUGAACAUAAUAAUAAUGCUCCCAAAAGUUGGAACCGCUUGAAUUCUAAUCCUAGUGGACCAGUUAGCCAGCAAUGGUCAGGCAAUGGGAUGCAUGGAGUCCGGAGAAGCCAGUUUUGUGAAUAUUGAGUCUAGAUAUCAUUCCUUAUAUUCUUUAUUAUCUACAGGUAGAGAUUAUAUCAUAUAUAUAUAUAUAUAUAUAUAUAUAUAUAUAUAUAUAUAGAAUGGGUAAACUAUGCGUCGUUUACUUUCUUUUGAGCACGGUUUGAGUUUUGCUAUGCAACCUGCAAAUAUCAGUGAGUAUAGAAGAUAAAAAUGUUCAUUCCUCCCCCCACCCCCUAUUCUUUUGUACAUUACAUUCGAAUCGAUCGACCUAUAUCAUCGUGGCACAUUCUUUUUUAUGUUGUUGGAAAGAACUUUCCCUGUAAAUUAUUAUGUUGCCAUGUUUGUUUUUGCAGUUUCAUGGCUUGUUCAGCUGGGAGUGUUGAACAGCUGAGAGUGGUUUUGUGUGCUGUGUCAUGUGGUUCAUCAAAUUUGGCCCCUAUUAUUGUUGGGUUUUAGAU